UAUUUUUUUGUUUAAAGGUAGAAUUUAACGAGCCACUUUCAAUGCUUCAACGCCAAACAGAAGAAUUAGAAUAUUCUUAUUUAUUAGAUUUAGCCUCAAAAGAAAAAGAUUUAUUUAAACAAAUGUCCUUAAUUUGUGUUUUUGUAAUUUCUGGUUAUUCUACAAUUUCUUUACGAACUACAAAACCAUUUAAUCCUUUAAUUGGGGAAACUUUUGAAUGUGAUAGAAGAGAAGAUAAAGGGUGGAGGUCUAUUGCUGAACAAAUUUCUCAUCAUCCACCAGGAUCUGCACUUUAUGUAGAAAGCAGUUCUUGGACGUUACAACAAAGCUAUAUUUUAGAAUCAAAAUUAAAGGGUACAAAUAUUUGCCUUAAACCUUGUGGACAAACUUUAAUUAAAUUUAAAGAUGGAAAUAUUUUUAGUUAUGGAAAGCUUUCAACUUCCACAAGUUUAGAUUCGAUAAUGAAUAACGGAAAUUCUAAAAAGAAUGGAAAUUCUUUGAAUGAAAAUAAAGUGGAAAUUAUUGGCCAAUUAAUUAUUACAGGCUCUAAAGCUAAAGCUGUUUUAACAUUUUUUGGUGAUUGUAAAAAAUCGGAACAAUAUUCUAAAAAAUAUGUAAGAGCAAAUUUUUGGCCCUAUCCCGAAAGAAGGGUCGAAUCGUUUUUUUCCAUUACUUUUUAUUAG